CACGGUAUGUGUACACGGGACUAGGUGAGCAGGCUUUUGGUGGAUAACAUGCUCUAUAAGAAGGUCAUAACCGCUUGAAGAAGGAAUUAAUUAUAAAUAAAAUCGUGUUGAAAUGGUCCGGUGACGGAAGGGAGCGGUGUUCGCGUUUAUCCCGGUUCUCCGUGAAACCACAAGCGCUGGGAGACCAUGUCUGGAAAAAUAGAGAGCAAACAGGACUCUCAGAGGUCUCACAUCUCGUCCUUCACCAUGAAGCUGAUGGAUAAGUUUCACUCACCCAAGAUCAAGCGCACACCAUCCAAGAAGAGCAAACAGGUCCAGCCUGAGCCGGCCGUCAAGAGCACCGAGAAACCCAUCAACAAGAAGGUGAGUCGAUUGGAGGAGCAGGAGAAGGAGGUGGUGAGCGCCCUGCGAUAUUUUAAGACCAUCGUAGACAAGAUGUCGGUGGACACCAAAGUUCUGCAGAUGCUGCCUGGUUCUGCCAGCAAGGUGCUGGAGGCCAUUCUGCCUUUGAUGCAGGUGGAGGCAAGGAUACAAUACAGUUCCGCCGUAUCUUCAUGUCACAACCGCGUGUGUCAGAGUUUGGCUAAUCUCAUCCGCUGGGCCGACCAGGUGAUGCUGGAAGGCAUCGACCUCGUUGACAAAGAAACGGUGGCGACGGUCACGGCUGUAAUAAAGGCCGUGCUUGACGGAGUGAAGGAGCUGGUCAAACUCACUAUAGAAAAACAGGAGCAGCCGUCCCCCACAUCUCCCACAAAGCCAGCGCUACCUUCGGCCAAGGCAGAGAGCAUGUGUGAAAUGCCUCUAACUGAGAGAGAAAAGGAGAUCCUGAGCAAGACCCCACCUGUGGCCACACCCACCGAUAGCCUGACUGACAUAUCUGAGGAGGAACAAGCUCCGCCCAAACCUCCUCUACCAGGAGUGAAGUUAGCAGAGCACAGGAGCAGGAUGCAGUCGUGCACCAGUCCCUUGGCGACAGAAAUCCCGCCUGCUCUACCACCGAAGAAACGCCAGUCUGCUCACUCGCCGACCCGUGUCGCAGUAGUAGCGCCCAUGAGCAGGACCAACUGUGGCCUUAGCCUGCCGUCCGGAUCUCUUAGACAGCAGGAUCACGAAGUGGAGCUUCUGCAGAGACGUUUCUCGGGCGGCAGCCAAUCAUGCGGCGGGGACUCGCCUCGCCUCUCGCCCUGCAGCAUCAUGGCCAAACUCAGCAAAUCGGACGAGCAGCUCUCGUCACUUGAGAGGGACAGCGGCCAGUGCUCACGCAACACCAGCUGUGAGACACUUGAUAACACAGAAGGAUACGACCCCGACUACGACUUCCUCCACCAGGACCUCUCUGUAUCCGAACACUUGCCAUUUCCCACGGUUCCCAGCGGCUGUCUCAGCCCCCUCCCAGAAUGUCUCACAGAGUGUCCCCUGACGUCCCCCGUCCCCGCUCAACCCCGCUUCAGUGCCCCCGUGGUAAGCCGAGACUACCGGGCCUCGACGGGUACGGCCAACGGCCAACGUCCCCCGGCGCUCCCACAGAAAAAGAGGCGCUCCGCACCCAUCCUGUCGUCCUACCCGCUGUCCGAGUUCCGGCCUUCCGAUGAAGACACGCCCACUUCGUUGGGCACGCCUACUCUAGCCAACGGGAUGGAGCGCACGUCUUCGAGCGACAGCCCGCCACCUUUGCCAGAAAAGAAAAGCAAAACCAUUUUGCAGUACAUGCAGUUCGUGGAGGAUUACUCCGAGCCUCAGCCGUCCGUCUUCUACCAGACUCCUCAGAGCGAACGAAUCUACGAGCAGCGCAGGAACAAACGCUUUCAGGAGGUGUACGGCUCCAACGAGAGCUACGAAACCCCACCGCCACCUGCUCUACCACCCAAACAGAGACAACUGGCAUCUUACUCUUCCUCUCCCUCUUCCUCUACUUCCUCUUCCAUUUCUCUCCUCCCUCCGUCCACCGGCGCCACGGAGGAGGCGGAGUCUUCUAUCGGCCUCAGCCUGUCCAUGUCGAACUCCUUCCUCAGUGGCCAUGCCUCUCUGACCACGCCCACGAGCGAAUGUGCAAAUGAUGAAGGUGGAGAGGGAGAAUAUGUCAACUUGUACUCUACCUCACAGGCCAACGGAGACAGCACACACCACCAAGACUCACUUACAAGCUGUGAUGAUGUUAUUGAUGAUUCCACAUCUCACAUACCACAGUCCAAUAGCAAAGAAGCCUUGGCUAAAGAGAGGUUAAAGUCAGCAGAGUCGAGCCACAUCAAAGAGGAGGUUGAUGAGCUCUCGCUUAUCGAUCACAAAGAGAUCAUGAGUCGCAUCACUUUGAAAACUGAGGGCGACGAUGGUCCUGAUGUGAGAGCCGGCUCCAGUGAUAUUCUCUUAGUGCACGCUACAGAGACGGAUCGCAAAGAUCUGGUGUUGUACUGUGAAGCUUUUUUAACUACCUACAGAACCUUCAUCACUCCAGAAGACCUCAUCAAAAAAUUACAUUACAGAUACACCAGUUUCUGCCACAGUCCAGACACGUUUAAGAAGCGGGUCAGUAAAAACACUUUCUUCGUGCUCGUGCGGGUGGUGGACGAGCUCUGUGUGGUGGAGCUGACGGAGGACAUCAUACGACAGCUGAUGGAUCUGGUCUUCCGCUUAGUGUGUAACAGUGAGCUGAGUCUGGCUCGCGUCCUCCGGAAGAACAUUCUGGAUAAAGUGGAGCAAAAGAGGCUGCUGCAGCACACACACAUCCUCCAACCACUCGCUGCACGUGGGGUCUCCGCCAGACCAGGAACGCUGCAUGAUUUUCGUAGCCAUGAAAUUGCUGAUCAACUCACACUUCUGGAUGCUGAGCUCUUUUACAAAAUUGAGAUCCCUGAGGUUCUUCUGUGGGCGAAGGAGCAGAAUGAGGAAAAGAGCCCCAAUCUGACCCAGUUUACAGAGCAUUUUAACAACAUGAGCUACUGGGUGCGCUCUAUAAUCAUCCAGCAGGAGAAAGCUCAGGACAGAGAGAAGCUUCUGCUUAAAUUUAUCAAGAUCAUGAAGCAUUUAAGGAAGCUGAACAACUUCAACUCGUACUUGGCCAUCCUGUCAGCUUUGGACUCGGCCCCGAUCAGGAGGCUCGAAUGGCAGAAGCAGACUUCUGAGGGAUUGGAGGAGUACUGCACUUUGAUUGACAGCUCAUCUUCUUUCCGUGCUUACAGAGCAGCAUUAGCUGACGUAGAGCCUCCCUGUAUUCCUUACCUUGGGUUGAUCCUGCAGGACCUGACUUUUGUUCAUCUUGGAAAUCCAGACCUGAUUGAUGGGAAAGUCAACUUUUCUAAGCGCUGGCAGCAGUUCAACAUCUUGGACAGCAUGAGGCGCUUCCAGCAAGUACACUACGAGCUGAAGCGCAACGACGACAUUGUGGCGUUCUUCAACGACUUCAGCGACCACCUGGCUGAGGAGGCGCUGUGGGAGCUCUCGCUGAAAAUCAAACCACGUAACAUCACGCGCCGACGCACCGAGCGCGAUGAGAAAACUUAGUCCUGGUUCAUGCAGUCAAAUGCAGUAAAUGGAUUGAGAAGCUUCUACUAACUGGACAUAUAGAAUCAUGGGAAUCUUAGACAAGCUCCGGGCUUGUUGAUUGACGCAAACCCGUCAAUGAACAGAGCGGCAAAACGGCAAUAUUGACUUCCAAGAAGGGAGGUUCUAUAUUAAUAUAUACACACAAACACACACACACAGAGGACUUAACCUGUAUAUUUGCUUGUGUGUGUGUGUGUAAGAGAGAGAGACAGCGCACCGCCAGAAGGGCUUGCUUGUUCUGAUUCACUGUGUCUACUGCAACGAUGAACACACUAAAGACUCAGCAGACUGGGGUUACCCAUAAUGCACCACUGGCUGCAGUGAAUUCCAGUUUAGUGUGAGGCAACAGGACAGGAGGUAAAUGGUCAUGUGUUUUCCCCUGUUUGAUGAACAGAUUGUGACAGAUCAUCACAGUCUGUCAUGUGGCUCCAGGUUGCCAGAUAACAGAAUUUCAGUGCCAGUUUUUUUUUUUUUUUUUAUAUUUGACAUUUUUUGGGAUCAUGUGUAUGCGAUAUGCUGUAUUAUAUUAAAUGUAUGAUGAUGUAAAGGUGUGUAUUAUCCACGUAUAUAAAGAAGAGAUUUUUUUUAUCUUUAAACAAUUUAUGCACUAAAAAAAGACUAACAAAAAGCAAAAACUCCAGGACUGACAAUACUGUGAUUUUUGUUAAUAAGUGUGUGUGUGUGUGUGUGUGUGUGUGUGUGUGUGUGUGUGUGCGCGUGCGUGUGUGCAUGUGAUGUGUGUGGUUGUUUACCUACUCCUGGGAUUUUUAUUUUGCCUACCGCAUAUUGUGCUUUACUCUCCAACUCCAAUAAACCUGCUCUGACUA